GUCGCGUCCGGGCCGUUUCCCGGAGGGAGGAGGGAAGGCCUCUCAGUUUCUGCUUUAUGUUUCGCUCGGCGCCCUCUCUCUUUGUCCUUUUUCGGCAGAAGGCGGCGUCGUGAGCUUUAGAAAAGGAGGCCAUGAAGAGGGGGGGGAAGGGCUCCUCAAGGCGGUCACAGGACAUGCAGUCUGUUCUGUUCAACCACCGGAGCCUCGCCAGUGUGGACUCGGUUGUAGUGCCAGAGACGCCCACCAACCUCGCCUGUGCCCGUCCCAGCACUGCCCCGUCCACUUCCAUGAUGUCAGUGAUGGAGACCCCGGAGAAUGAGGUGGGGUGUGGGGCACAGGGCCUGCCCCCCACCCAGUUGAAGGCCCAGGUUGGCGGGAGCACUGGCACUGAGCUCCACGCAGACAGCAGCAGCGACAGGGAUGAGAUCAAUGACUCGACUAUUCUGGACAUCACCCCUGACCUCAAGCUGGGCAAGCGGAGGAACCUCAUGUCCAUCCUGGAGUCAGAGGAUUCCUUUGCCCGCUCACUCAAGUCCCAGCGGACCAAGAACAGUUCCAUGCUCUCAGGGCAGCAGCAGCAUCCCGAGGAGGAUGACUUGGGCCUGUUCGUGGUGUCGCCUGUCAAGAAGAGUAAACGCAGGAAGUCAGCAGCCCAUGUGAUCAUGCCCUUUGACCUCAAUGACUCAGAGUUCCUCUCCAGCAAGCUGAGGACCAUUGAGGAAGGCCAGUGCAGGGCCAGGUGCUCUGUGGGGGGGCUGGGAGUGGAGGGUCUGAGCAGCAAGAAGAGGCAUUCAGCUGCAAGGGCAGGGAGGGCCACAGGGUGGAGGAAGAGCCUAAUUGUCCCCCUGAGUGCAGGUUCCUCUGAGGAGGAUGAAGUGAUCUUCAGCACUCAGAGGAAGACCUCAGAGUCCAGAGGCAGCUACCCAAAGGAAGGUGGCACUAAGAGGAGUGCCAUCUCUAAAGGCACUGCAAAUAAUGGGAUUAGCAACAACAGCCGGAGUGCCCAGAACAGAAGCGGUGAUGCCACCAAGAUAUUCGACAGUGAGGACCUGGACUUGACCCCUAUUAAGACCUCCAGCCAGGAGACUUCCAUCCGGAACAUCAUUGCUGGCCUAGACUCGCAGCCGACUGCUGUGGAUGAUACAUUGCCCCAGGCCCUUCCUGGGGGCUGUGGGGUGGCGGGGAUGAGCUUCCAGAACUUCAGCACGCGCUCCUUCAGGCUGCUCCAGGCCCAGCUCCCAGGGGGGGCAGAAAAGGGGGUGAAGGGUGCAGGUGGAAAGGCUGACGCAGGAGGAAGGCACAUGGACUGGAUGGAGCCAUCGGAGGCGUCGGAGUCUGCAGCGACAGAGCCAGAUGUGACUGUCAUUCUGCGAGGUGUCAUUGCAUACGUAGAGGUGCGGAUGGGCAGUGACAACAGGUCACAGGUCAUCAAGGAGCAGCUGAAGGUCCUAGGGGCAGAAGUGAGAGACAGGUUGAGCCCAGACACCACCCAUAUAAUUUUUAAGGAAGUUGGAAAGUAA